AUGGUUCCUUCGUCUUCAUUGGGGCAUGCUCAUGAUAAUUCGUGCCCGCAGCCCCGAUAUGCGCCCGCAAAGAUGAUCGGGUCGGCCUCCAUGUUGGAUCUAGCCGCGUCAGAUUCAACGACGUCUUUCAAAAGGCUCGAGGAUCGUACGUUCAAGAGCCGGGGGAAGGCAUGUCGCAUGGUUCUGCGGUUCACCUUUCGCCGUUUGUGUCCUUCAGUCGCUGCUGUGUGGGAUUCUCGCUGCCCAGAUGGUGCCAUGCUCGCCCAUCUUUCUGGACGGGCAACCGUCACUAUUCCACGGACUGCCCGAUACCCGGCGCUCGGCAUCGGCAGGAAUCAUGUUGUUCUGUUCAAAGAUACUGGCUUCGUUUGGCUGCGCGACCUGGAAAUACAGAUGUCUUCACAAAAGCCACUUGACGAGGCUCCAUGGAUCGGGCCUCUUAGUCGCCAAGCCGGUCUCGCGAGCGUCAUCCAGCAUGAUAGCAUCUCCCGGCCUUCGGCAGCGAGAUUUCUCCAGAGUCGCCAGCGACGCCAGCAGCCCAGAGAGUUAGCUGCCUUCUCGACCUUGUACGGUCGCCAAGCAUUGAGCAGGUCGUUGACCACGGACGACGGGGCGCCGACGACGACGAAUGUCCAUGGCCAGAGAGGCAUGCCUCCUCCAUCCGAUGUCCAAUUUUUGGGCCCCGUCGGUGACCGCCCUAUUUUUCAGAGACGACCGAGCCUCCGAAAUAGGAGUAACGGCCAUCGAGGCAUUGAGUGUCUGCGUUUUAGCCUCUGGCCGCCUCGCAACGCCUACCGACUGAGCCUUCUCAGGUUUAGGAUUCGCAAAUUUCACAUAACCCAUCUCAACAAACGAUCCUCGCACCUACCGCCCCGCGCAGCCAACCUCACCAAAAUGAAGUGGGAAUGCCACUACUGCCUCAGGGGCGUCAACCUGACCAUCGGCAUCGACAUGCACUGCUACGAGUGCCAGCACCAGCGCUGCGUUCAAUGCAAAGUCGUCUGAGGAGGUGGCGAAGCUUUGCUUUGAAGCAUUGAGACGAACCGGCUCUCGCCAUUCUUUUUCUUCCCGUAGUUGUAUGUGUUUAGAAGAUAGACCUCAAGAAUAG